UAGAAUUACAAUGUUGGCAGCACCAUUCACGAAUCACGAAAGCUGCACACACGAAUAGGGCACGAGUAACAUGCACCGUACUGAAAGGAAGACAUAAGACGUUUAAUUGAAAAUUUUGCGGAUAAUCUCAGUUGCUUCAGAGGGACCAAUCUCCCCACAAAUGUUUUAUUAGAGACUACACUAAAGGUUAGACAACAUAAACUUUUGAAACCACUAUGCUUUCUUCGGCUGGGAUAUGUGCUGCCACCUGUAGAGCUGUCAUUCUCAAGAAGAAAGUGCCAGUUUCAGUCUGUCUUAGUUCCAGGACGUUAGCUGUCGCUGCCCGCCCAUUAAAAAUGUCAGGCAAACUUACUGAAGAGGAUCGUGAGAAGACCCUGAAACCUUUGCUUGGCAGUGGUUGGAGCGUUGUUGAGGGCCGUGAUGCUAUUUACAAGGAAUAUUUAUUUAAAAAUUUCAACCAGGCUUUUGGAUUCAUGACACGUGUUGCAUUAACAGCUGAGAAAAUGGAUCAUCAUCCAGAAUGGUUUAAUGUUUACAACAAAGUACAAAUUACACUCUCUUCACAUGAUGUGAAUGGACUUAGUGGUCGUGAUAUUAAAUUAGCUAAUUUUAUUGAGAAAGCAGCAGCAUCAGUUUCAGAAUAAUAGCUUCUUUCCUUGCGUAUUUUUGCUAAUGUAUGCUGAAAUGUAGUUUAUGGACAAUAAAAAUGGCAUGUCUGUUAAGUUAUUUUGUAUCCUAUUUAAUUUAUAUACUUUAAUGCAUUAGAAAAUUAUAAUUACAUAGUGUACAGGGCUACUUUAAUUUCUCUUAUUUUAAAUAGUUAUUUUCUAAUCAAUUUUGUGAUCAGAAAUUCUGCAGUGAUCUUUGUACUGAAGUAAACAUUCUUGAAGAUAAGUUACUCCUAGAGAAAGUCGAUAAAAAAGAAAUUAAAUGAAAUAACUGUCAAAAACUGAAAUGUACAUCAAAUUUAUACCAAGGAAAUGUAUGCACAUUUGUCAAAAUGCUUAUGUAAAAUUGUUUUGACAAUUUUGACAAUCUUGACAAAAUUGAUAAAGCAGACUAACCAGUAAUUUUUUAGUUGUUAGUUUUCAAUUAUUUAUUGAAAGCAGAAGUUUCAUUUUAAUUCAUAUCUACUAUAUAUUCUUUAAGUGUAUAUAAAAAUAACUAAUACCUCAACAUUCCAAACUUCCUCAAAUUAUUUGUCAUGCAAAACUGUUUGCAACUCAUAUCCUUCAGAAUUUUUUGCUAUCUCUUACAGAUCUCCAAACUACUCAAAUGACAACACAAAUGGCCAUUUCUCCAUUUUAACACACUCAACCUUAUCAGUGUAAGGGCAGAUGUUCUUUAAUUUGUCUCUGAGUCUGCACCUGAAACAACUAAAACAGCAAUAACAAAAUUAGUUCUUGUGGUAACAAUGCUUCAAGACUUUUCCCGCUUAAUUUCUGUAGCUUUGUCAUGCACAAAUUUACAUUUUCUAUAAAAUUCAUGAACUGCACGCAAUAUGUAAGACAAUAUUUAGAGAACUUUUAAAUAAAUACAUUGUGUUCUUUUUUAGUAAUGUAGCAAAUUUUGAUAGCCUAGUUUAGAAAGAAUGAAAGUAGUGGUGCUACAGAAUGGCACAGACAUUCCUAUAUUAGU